AGCCAAAACCCCAAAUAACUUGGCGCGAAACACUAAAUUUUCACUUUCCCAUUUCUCAUUUCAUUUAUAUUCACAAUUUUCGCAUUUCCCACAAUCUCAAUUAGGGUUCUUCCUCUUCUCAUCCCAGAUCUCCGAUUUGGGCCAACAAAAUGGCCGACACCGUCGUAAUCGACCUCGAAAACACUCCUCCGCCACCACCACAACCACCUUCUUCUCAAGAUCCGAAACCUAAUCGCCGCAAGAACGACGCUCUCAAGCAGCGGAAGAAGGAUGCCGCUUCACUUCUUCAGAACCUCCGCACCCCUGAAGAGAAGCGCGCUCAUGUCGAGCUACUCGAGAGGGAGCUCGAGCGGUUGUUCGGGUACUACGGGGAGGUCAUGUGUGAGAAGGUGGUUGUGGAGUUGGGUCAGUGCGGUGGGUCCAGAAAUGCUGUUGUUGCGGCGCUGUUGGAGGAGAGCGAUCUCCCGCUUUCGAAGCUUGUUGAUGAGAUCUAUGAUAGGCUCACCAGAGAGGUUGCGAGUGGCGCGAUCGUGCUUGCGGAGCCUGUGACGGCAGCGGCGGUGAAGGGUAGCGUGUUCGUUGUUGGGCAGAGGAUUAUGUACGGCGUGCCCAAUGCUGAUGCUGAUGUGUUGGAGGAUCAUUCUCAAUCUUGUCUUUGGUGUUGGGAGACUAGGGAUGUGAAAUUGAUUCCGAAAGCUUUCAGAGGGCAGCUUGGUGUUCGACGCACUUGCAGGAGAAGGAUCCAUGAGAGGAUUUCAGCUGUCUCUGAAAUGAUAGCAUCACUGAAGAAGCUAGAGAGUGAACCAAAUUACAACAAUGACUUAAUGAAGGCAUCCUUAAAGCUCAGCAAAGCUCACUCUGAGGCAGAUAUUCGUAUGUUAGUGGAAGCCUUGUUGCGGAAAAACAGUGAAGACAUGGCUAAGAAAAAGGCAAACCAAGAAGAAAAAUUGCUAAUUAAACCGUCAGAUAGAAAUGGAAAUGAUGUUGAGAAGGAGAAAGAAAGCAUGAAAAGUGAACCGCAAAAAGAAACACUGCUCACGGAGUCAGAUUCAAAAUUGUUGCAAGGUGAGGCAAGAAAUGAUGAGAGAUGUUGUGAAAAGAAGAAACAGCAAAAGAAGCAGGUAGAUGAAGGAGAAAAGGAUCAGCGACGCCGAGAGAAAGAAGAAGCGGAAUUGAAGAAGAAACGUUGUUUACAAAAGAGUGCCUCAAUUAUGGAACGAUUUCUGAAAAGAAGUAAACCUAAUCCCACAGUUCAGAAUGACAAUGUUUCAACUAAAUCAAUUGCAUCUGAUUCAUCAGGCAGCAAGACUGAGGGUGUAUCUCAGUCAACCACCCUUUCAAUGGAUAGCACUCUUGCAUCAAAUAGCGAGGUUACACUUGAGGAGCUUCGCAAGUUGCACUUUUCUUCGUGGCGCUGUCUAGGAAAAUCAAUUCGCUCAAACAGGAAGCAGAGAUGGGGCUUACGACAGAAGCCUAGGACUGAGACUUUUAAGGAACUUAAACUGACAGCUACUAAAGCUGAAUUUCAUGAUAAUGAGUUGGGCAUAGUAAAGACUGUAGAACAGUUGGGAGAAAGUAGUCUUGAUAUCAGUUCAUCCCCAAUGAAUGCAGAUAGUAGUCUUGAUACCAAAAAGUACUGUCGAGGAAAACAAUUAUUUCAGUUUGAUAAAGCUCAUAGACCUGCCUUUUAUGGUGUUUGGCCCACGAAAAGCCAAGUUGUUGGACCACGCCAUCCUUUAACAAAGGACCCAAGCCUGGAUUAUGAUGUCAGCAGUGAUGAGGAAUGGGAAGAGGAGGAGCCUGGUGAAAGUCUUUCAGACUGUGAUAAAGAUGAAGAGGAAUGUCAAGAGGAAUGUUCAAAAUCUGAUGGAGAAAGUGAAGAUGGGUUUUUUGUGCCUGAUGGUUAUCUCUCAGAAGAUGAGGGUGAACAAGUGGACAGAAUGGAAACAGAUAUUGACGUUGAAGGGGCCAAUAGCUCACCUAGCUGUAAGGAUGACAUAGAGACUGAGGAGUUUUGUGCUUUGCUUCGACAGCAGAAAUAUCUAACCAAUUUGACAGAGCAUGCUCUUCGGAAAAAUCAACCCUUAAUCAUAUCAAAUUUGGUUUCUGACAAGGAGUUUUUGUUAAUGGAUCACAAUAUUAGUAGUACUCCUAAGCUGGAGCAGAUGUGCUUGCAAGCCUUGAGUAUGUAUGUAAUUCCUGGUAGCUCCUAUAUAGAAUUAACUACAGAUAGAAUGCAAGAUGAGGACCAACAUGCAUGUCCCUCAACCAGUAAAGGUGGUGCUACCCCAAUGUCUGGUGUGGCUGCCAUAUCAGACUCAGAUUUACCUAUAAUUGUGACUACUAUUCAGAGUUGUUCUCAAGGCAUGAACAAAGUGUUAGGGUCUUUGCGACAAAAAUUCCCAUCUGCAUCAAAGUCCUUACUGAAGAAUAAAGUUCGUGAAGUAUCAGAUUAUGUUGAUAACCGCUUACAGGUGAAGAAAGAAGUUCUGGUUAAGCUUGGCUUGGAAGUUAGCCCUGAAAAGAGCAGUGGCGGACGGAGGAGUAUUGCUGCAUUUUUUUCAAAAAGGUGCUUGCCGCCUGCAGGUGAAAGCAGCAAACCUGGGGAAACUUCACCGCUACCACCUCUGAAAUCUUACUCUGCUGCAAAUGAAGAACGUCAGCUCAUAUAAUAUCUUGUCUGAUUUCCUCUGGUUGGAUAGUGGCAAUUUUGCUAUUUUCAGAUUUCUCUAGACUUUGGGUCUAUUUGCAUAGGCAUUGUGUUCGGUUUGAUGUGAACGGCCCCUUUCCGCUCCAUUCGCAUUUAGCAUAUAGGAAUCUGAAAUCUUGCUUUUUGAUGCAAAAUUAACAGAUGUUGUGUUCUCCAAACACAGUUUGUAAAAAUUAGAGAUGGUUGGUUGCAUUUGAUGCUCUUAACACUGUAACCAAGUUUUUUGUUGUCAGUUGACAGCACUGUCUUUUCUGCAAGUUUGAACUUGACAGAUUUGUGUUUAUAGUGUAAAAUGAGUAACUAUUAUGCGUCACUUAACGAGGUGCCAUGCUAUCUGAUAAAAUGUUAUUAUAUGUUGAUUAUCUGAAA